CCCAGAUAGUCAAUCGUUGGGCAUGCGAAUAGUUGCAAGGUCAAGUUCCGUGCGCUGACAGAUCCAUAUUCGAACCCGAAGGAAUACGAUCCAGGGCAACAGUUUGCAUCUGUUAUUUGCUACAGACAAAAUGAGUAGUGAAAAGGACAUAAGAUUUUCUGCUGUCAAAAUGUCUGAUUCCCAAAUCGGUAUGUACGAAGAAUCAUUGGGAUCCAAUUUCGCUAAAAAGGCACAACAAUCACCUGCUUUGGUCAUCGGUCUAGUCGGUUUGGUAGCCACUUGCGCGAUCGGAGCUUACAAGUACAAACACAGAGGGACAAUGUCAACCUCUGUCUUUCUGAUGCAACUCAGAGUCGCUGCACAAGGAGUAGCUAUCGGAAGUCUAACGAUUGGAAUGACAUGGUCAAUGAUCAAUGACUACGUCUUACACAGGAAAAAGGAAUGAUAAUGCAUAGGACCUCGAUGAUAAACCAUAAUUAGAGAAAUUAAUAAAAAUAAAUAUACUCCAGCAAUAGAAAUUAUGACAGUUACUCCUAGAAUAAAGAAGAAAAUCAAUAUUGAUCAAUUUUAAUUUUCUUCAUGAGGCAUAUAUGUAUGGCACGUUGAAAAUUCUAUCAUUUCGAUAUUCUAACUAGAUAUUUUCUAUAGUAACACUAUUUAUUUUCAUUGCUACAUUAGCAUAUAGGUAUACAUACGUAUGAGUCGUUUAGACGAUGAUGUAGGGAAUGUUCAAUACAUCAUAUCAGAAAAUUUUUCGAAUUCAUAAUUCUUGCCUAGUAUAGGUACAUUACGGAUGAGGUUUUUGAUUAUUUUUUGCGAAAGCACAUACAAAGCACCCAAUUUUGUAAUAUCGAAUGACAUUAUAUAUUUUACAGUAAGUACAUCGAAUUGUUCCUUCUUCUGUUUGUGGUUGAAUUGAAUACUGAUUUACAUCAGUAAAAAUAACAAAUUUCCCUUAACAUUUGAAGAUUUACACAGAAAUUUUGAUUUUGAUUUACACAGAAUUUUCUAUAUUUCGUAUUAUCUAAUACUACAUCUGGAUGCCUCAUACGUUAAUCAUCAUACCUAUAAUAUUUUAUCAAAUAUAUUGAAUUUUGUAUUAUGUUUGAAUAACAAUGUGUAUCUCAAGUGAUGUAUGGAAAUGUAAAAUUGUAAAGGCUGGACCUUUCUUUCGACGGGUUAAAAUAUGUUAGUUCUGAUGUAUGACGAAUGAAAAAUGAAAGAAAAUAUUUUUCAUUAUUACCACAAGCUGUGAUCAUUCAUUGUCAAAGUGUCAACUUCGAAAAAAUUUGUACAUACAUACAUAAUAUGUUAGCGUGUUAUUUUCAAAUGUAUGUCUCGCAAUUUGUACGUUAAUUACGUAUUUAUUGUACAAAUUUCCUGACGCAGGGUAUGAAUUGUAUAUUAUUAUAGCAUCUCAUAAUAUUUAUUGUUGUAUAUAUAUUUCGUGUACAAUAAUACAUACGUAACUGUUUAUUUA